AUGUCGGAUUCCGGGCGGUUAGAGGAUCCGAAUCCCGAUGCAAGUGCAAGCAGCUCGAACACCACUACCACUACGACUUCGGAAGAGGAGAGACUCGUGAAAAAUGCUCAAUGUGCGAAAAAGGAGUUGGAAGCGUACUACAAAAACCAAAACGAAAUACUGGAUCACUACAAACAAGACAGCGAACAGAUAGAAGCGACACGGCGGACACGUAUACGUCUUCGUAGUUCCACGGCCGUUUCCGGUGAUUCAUCAGCAGAAUCUGACGUCGAGAAUCAACAAGAAGCGUUACGGAGAGCCUCCACAAUCUCCAUGAAAUCAUCGAAAGAUUCUCUGCUUCUUCGUCACGAAGACGCUCAGAACGAGGAGUUGAAACUGGCAAAAGCGGCCGCCCGUCUUGCGAAUAUCACUCUUUUCGUGAAUUUAGUUUUGAUGAUUGCCAAGAUUGUGGCCUCUUAUCUCUCCGGAUCCAUGUCUAUCAUCUCUUCUAUGGUGGAUUCCGUCGUUGAUUUGACAUCUGGAGCCGUGUUAUCGAUUAGUUCCAGAAUGAUUCGGAAACGUGAUCCGUAUCAAUAUCCACGUGGAAGGACUCGUGUUGAGCCACUUUCAUUGAUUUUGAUCAGUGUUAUUAUGGGAAUGGCUAGUGUUCAAUUGAUCAUCUCAUCGGUUACACGGAUUCAUGAUGCUGCAGCCGAUGGCCAAAAAGACGAGAUGAACGUGAGCUGGCCAACGAUUGGAAUUAUGGGAUCGACGAUCGCCGUGAAGCUCACUCUCUUCUUCGUCUGUCAGAAAUACAAAUCCAACUCAUCCAUCAAAGUGCUCUCUUUGGACAACCGCAACGACUGUAUCUCAAUCACAAUGGCCUUGGCUUGUGCCUGGCUCGCCUACUACUACGGUGCCAAACCGGGUGAAUCCAACACGGGCGUCUCACUCCUCGGACUCUGCCCAUCCGCCGGUUGUGACCUGUACUAUCUGCACUGCUAA